AUGACAGAUUGUAAACCUGUUAGCACUCCAAUGGAGACUGGUUGUAAAUUGACCAAGUCAGAUGACUCCCCUGAGGUAAAUCAAUCUGAGUAUAGAUCAAUGGUUGGCAGCCUACUUUAUUUAACUGCAUCUAGGCCUGAUUUGAUGCAUGCAGUUUGCUUGGUUUCACGUUUUCAGUCUGCUCCCAAACAAUCUCAUUUGAUUGCUAUAAAAAGGAUAUUCAAGUAUAUUCAAGGUACUUUAGACUUUGGCUUGUGGUAUUCACGAAAUAACGAUUUUACUCUUGUUGGUUUUACGGAUGCUGACUGGGCUGGCUGUAUAGAUGAUAGAAAAAGCACCAGUGGUGCAGCAUUCUUCCUAGGAGAUCGCCUUGUUGCCUGGCAUAGCAAAAAGCAAGAAUGUGUUACUUUAUCAACUGCAGAAUCUGAAUAUAUUGCAGCAACAACUUGUUGUACGCAAUUAAUCUGGAUGUCUCAUCAACUUGCUGAUAUGGGUAUUACAGUUGACAAACCCAUCUCCAUCUUCUGUGAUAAUACUAGUGCCAUCAGUCUUUCAAAGAAUCCUGUGAUGCAUUCUCGCACUAAACAUGUUGCUAUUAAGUUGCUAUUUCUACGAGAACAAGUGUUGGCUAAUGAAUUUCAAGUUUUAUAUGUACCUUCUCAGGCACAAGUAGCGGAUAUUUUUACAAAAGCUUUGUCUAAAGAAGUCUUUGAACGGCUAAGGGAUAGAUUGGGAGUGUUUUCUCAAUCUGCUCUUGUCUCCACCUAA